AAAAAAGUAUUUGGCUCCAUGAUCAAAAUUGAACAGACGUGUGGAGUAUGUAAUUUCACAGGAUCUGGGACAGUCAGCCAAUGAUAGGUUCCAUCCCAGCAGGGAAUCUUAUUUUUUCUGCUGCAUUGCUUUUCACUGGUUUACUUCCAUCGAAGACAAUUCGAUUCAUGGAGCAAAUGAAUAUAUCUACCAUAAGCACCAACACUUUCUUUCAACACCAGAAAUACUAUCUUCAUCCUUCCAUUUGUUCUGUGUGGAAAACCUUCCAGGAGAAAUACUUUCAAAGAAUGAAGGAAAAGGAUAAAUCUCUGGUCUUGGGCGGUGAUGGUAGAGCUGACACACCGGGCCAUUCAGCAAAAUAUGGUAGCUACGCUAUGUUGGACUUGGAUCUUGUCCUUGUUGUUCAUGUUGAAUUAGUACAGAGUAACGAAGUUAAAAGCAGUUACCAUAUGGAGAAGGAAGGUUUGGUUCGAUCAGUUGACUUUAUCAAAAGCCAAGGAUUAAAAAUCAAAGAGAUUGUUACUGAUCGUCACGUACAGAUUGUGAAGUAUGUGAGGGAAGAAAUGCCAAAUUCAGUACACCACUUUGAUGUGUGGCAUGUUGUAAAAGGCCUGAAGAAGAAACUUCUUGCCCUUUCCAAGGAGAAGGAAUGUGAGAGACUCAUGGCGUGGAUAAAAAGUCUAUGUAACCACAUGUACUGGUCAGCAGCUUCAACACCAAGUGGGAAUGGGCAACUUAUGCUGGAGAAAUGGGAAUCUGUGAUCAACCAUGUUCAAAACAUCCAUGAACAUGAUGGUGACAUUUAUACAGAGUGUGCCCAUGGCCCAUUGGAAGAGAGUGCGCGCAAAAAGAAAUGGUUGCAGCCAGGGAGUAAAGUGGCAGAACGUUUAGCAGAUAUUGUCACAUCCAAACAAAUGAUAAAAGAUGUUCCAAAACUGUCACCAGGGCCACAAACUGCCUCCCUUGAGGGCUUUCAUUCUGUUAUCAAUCAUUUUGCCCCCAAAAUGAUUGGCUUCUCAUUUCAUGGAAUGUACUCACGUAUAGUACUCGCGGCAUUGCACUUUAAUGAAAAUGCAAUGCGUGAUCAGGCCACCACUAAGGACGGAACAAAGCGAUUUGAUGUUGUAUUCCCUAAAUACAAGAAAGGAGAAUAUUCCGUCCGAAAAAUUAAAGUUGACUGCACCUAUGAAUACAUUGGUCAAUUAAUGGAUGUAGCUGUCACCUUAGCAGAGGAAAAACCCAUGAAUUCAAGUGUCCUGGACCUUGAAGAUGUACCACCACCCCUUGCAAGUGCAUAUGAAAAGCCAGAGAAACAAGUGGCAAUACAGGAAAAGAUUUCGAGAUAUGCCAACGUCAUUGAAUCAGAUUUAUAUGACAGUGUUGAUGAGCCAUCCUGCUCCAAUGCAUGA